AUGUUCCGUCAAGAGCAGUUCAAGAAGGCGUCCGCCACAAAAAAGCACUUCAGCAACACUACGGUUUACCUCAAGAGCGACUACCCGCAUCGCCUGAACUUUUACACCUCGCCUCCGACUGCCGAAGUAACUCUCGACCAGUUUGAGCAAUGGGCCAUUGAUCGUCUGCGGGUCCUGGAAGAAAUCGAGACUUCACUCUACCGAAACAAAUCCCCCGAUGAGCUGAAGAUUACUCUUGCCGCGCUGCUGAAAAAAUACCUCCACCUCGACUCCAACUCCUCGCAUUCCACGCAACUGCACGAGCAGCGGCAGAAAGACCACUAUUCCCAUUUCAUCCUGCGUCUUGCAUUCGCCCGUUCCGAAGACCUCCGACGACGUUUCUCUAAGGCGGAAACGAUCCUCUUUAAGCACCGGUUCGAGAGCGAUGACGGCAACGAGCGCACCGAAUUCGUUGACAGCCUGGAGCUGGACUGGAAGCCGGUCUCCAACGAGGAGAAAGCCGCCCUGUCCCAGCAGCUGAUUGCUACUUCCGGCGGAAAGAAACUGGACGAUGGCUACUUCAAGGUUGACUGGGAGCGAGUUCCAGAUCUGGUAGAGCAGCGACGAGUGUUUGUGCGUGCAGGAAAAGCGUACGUCCCAUCGACGCUCCAAGUGUCCCUCGUGGUGGCGGAAUUCACGAAAAAACUAGAACAUGCCCUCGAGUUGACCGCACGGGCUCUGCCCCGACUCGACGAGGACGACCGACUCAUCCCAAUCCUAAAUCACCUCUCCCUCGGCUUCACCGCACCGGAAUACAACCCCUCCUCCGAGCUAUCAAUCCUUUCAGGCGCACCCAUCACCGCAGCAGAUGUCGAAGGCCUAUCACAGCACUUCCCCGCAUGCAUGACGCACCUCCACCGAACACUGCGCAAGGCGAAGCACCUCAAGCAUUUCGGGCGCCUGCAAUACGGGCUGUUCCUCAAAGGCAUAGGCCUCAGCGUGGAGGAAGCUUUGACGUUCUGGCGGACCGCAUUCUCGAGCACGCCCAGCGAGAAAUUCGACAAAGAGUACCGGUACAAUGUCCGGCACUCCUUCGGCCUCGAGGGCCAGCGCAAAAACUACCGCGCAAAGUCCUGCCAGCAAAUCCUGACCGAGACUCCCCCCGGAAACGGCGAGGCCCAUGGAUGCCCGUACCGACACUUCUCGCCGGAAAAUCUCAACAUGUUCCUUGCCCAGCAGAUGGGCGUGAAGGAUGCUGCCGUGCUGAGAGGCGUCACCCAGGACGUCGCCGUGACAAAGUUCCACAUGGCUUGCAAUCGUGUGUUCGAACACAUACACCGUGAGGAAAUUCGGAAGGCGAAGGAACAGGUAUCGAACGGAGGACCGCCGGCGGUGCUCGAGACUAUCAUCCAUCCGAACGAAUACUUUGUCCGGAGUUGGGAGCUGAAGCAUCCCGAGGCAAUUGGCAAGACGGAUGUUGGAGGAGGGGCGGGCACGCGGAGGGCUGGUGAUAGGGUCGAAGUGGACACGAUUAGUAGUCGUGGUGGUGGUGGUGGUGGUGGCGGCGAUAUGGAGAUGAUGUAG